CUCCCUUUCACCUUCAUUUCUUCGCUCCAAAAAAACCCUCCUGAAAGAUUCUGCUUGUCUUCCCCACAUUUUCUCCUCUUAGGGUUUCGUUUUUCUUCUAAUUCUCCGACCACCACCACCACCGCAAACUGCGAUCCUUCUCAAUCACGCGCCUCGUCAGAAUUCUUCUCUUCUUUUUACGGAUUCUCCUCAAAAUUAUCGAUUGUUCUUUCUUUCUUUCUUUUUUAGUUGCUCGCAUCUCUUUGAGACUUCUUGGACGUUUUUAUUAGUUAUUCCACUUGGUUUGCUUUCUGGCUUCAUAAAGCCUCUGCCCAUUUCAGUAAUAUACAUAAAGCCAGUUUUCCACCUUACUUUAUUCGACAACUUUUGGAGGAUUGUGAUUUCGUCGAGCGAUUUUUCUGGGUUUUGGUUCUUCCGCACGAUUUUAAUAUUUGGCUUAGUAGAUCCGGUAUUUCACAUCGGACGCAAGGGAAGGGUGGCAUAUAUUGCGGAUGUUUCCUGGGUUUCUCAUCCGUAUUUUAUAGUUCGAUCUGCAGUUUGAUCUGGGUGUCCUUGUGUUACUGGUUUUCAAGUUAUCUGGGUGUCCUUGGACUGGAGGCUGCGACCUUAUAAUAAUUUCGUUAGGUUGAGGUGGAUUUGUUCUUCGACUCACUGGUUGAUCUGUACUCCAGACCCUGGCAGUAAGCUCUGGAACUUGCCAACACUAAAUAUUUUUUACUGGUCAGCAUAGUCUAUUUUACGAGCUUCAAGGUCGGAAAUUUGACAUCUAAGAAUUGCAUCGUCCCAAGGAUGCUGUUUGUGUUUCUUCUGAGAUAAGGGUUAAAAUCUGCUUUGUAGAUAAAUUUAUGCCUUGGAAGUAAUCAUGGCUACGGGUAUAGAUUUUUCACCUCCCUUUGCCCUACUAGAAGGCGGCGGAUACAGUAAGGACAAUGUAUCAGCGACAAAUGACGAAAGUUCUGAUAGCUUUAAUAGUUUGAAACAGAUGACCACUGGGAAACCUCCCCGACACCUCUCGGUUUCGCGGCAUAGUGUGAGCUCUAUAAAGCUGCUAGGCCAAGCUGAUUUAAGCUUGGAUGCCGAUACUCUUGGGAAUAAUUCGCCUGAUGGGAAAGCAGGAUUCUUACCUGUCUUCAGAUCGGGUAGCUGUUCAGAAAGGGGACCUAAGCAGUACAUGGAAGAUGAGCACAUAUGCAUAGAUGAUCUUGUAGAACACAUUCAUGCAUGUGCAGAUUUCACUUCUCCUGGAGCUUUCUAUGGUGUAUUUGAUGGCCAUGGGGGUACAGAUGCAGCAGCUUUUGUCAGAAAUAACAUCCUUAGAUUCAUAGUCGAGGACUCCUGUUUUCCAGUUAGUGUAGAUAAGGCAAUUAAGAGUGCUUUUUUGAAAGCUGAUUAUGCAUUUGCUGAUGCUAGUUCUCUGGAUAUCUCCUCCGGCACAACUGCGCUAACUGCUUUCAUUUUUGGAAGAACAAUGAUUAUUGGGAAUGCCGGAGAUUGUCGAGCAGUUCUGGGGAGGAGGGGCAAGGCUAUUGAGGUGUCAAAGGAUCACAAGCCCAAUUGUGCAUCUGAAAAACUCAGAAUAGAGAAGCUCGGGGGAGUGAUUUAUGAUGGCUACCUGAAUGGUCAGUUAUCUGUUGCGCGUGCUAUAGGAGACUGGCACAUGAAAGGUUCCAAGGGUUCUGCAUGCCCGCUGAGUGCAGAGCCAGAGCUGCAGGAAUUGCAAUUGACGGAGGAAGAUGAAUUUCUAAUUAUGGGCUGCGAUGGUCUUUGGGAUGUGAUGAGCAGUCAGUAUGCUGUUACAAUGGCAAGGAAAGAGCUGAUGCUGCAUAAUGAUCCUGAAAGAUGUUCAAGAGAGCUGGUAAGAGAGGCGCUGAAGCGCAAUACAUGCGAUAAUUUAACCGUUAUUGUAGUAUGUUUUUCUGCUGAUCCGCCCCCUCGGAUAGAAAUUCCCCCAACUCGAGUAAGGAGAAGCAUAUCAUUAGAAGGGCUGAAUUUGUUGAAAGGUGUACUGGACUGCAAUUCAUGAUUUCCAAGGGAAAGAGAUGUGGGAGUUGGUGUACAUAUAACAUUGGUUUAGCAGACUGGGCUAUGGUCUCUCACCCGACCUACCGAUGCCCCUCGUCUAUUUGGCAUUGGAUGCUUUAACGAGGACAAUAAAAAGGAGUCAUGUUGGAUUCUAUUGUUUUUUCCUUUUCCUUUUCUGUUUCAAUGUGAUUUCGAAUUCCAUGCGUGUACAGAUUACUGUUGUACCAGUUGGAAGCCCAAAAAUUCAUUUGUUUCUCAUCUCUCUCUGCUUAUUUAUGAAAUUCAGAAAUUGGCGCAGCA